CACCUCCACCUUAGUAGUCCCUGAACUUUUAGGCAAAAUUCAGUAUCACACAGUCUAGUGAAGGUUUUAUACAUUUUUGUAUUUGUCUUUCCCUCUCCGUUACGUUUGUAGUUUGUCAAAAUUUCUAUAUCCUGAUUUUCGUAUGAAUAAAUAGAUAGAUUCCCUUAAAUUCCAGUUUUGUGAAAUCAACCAACGAAACGUUGAAGAACACACUUAAGGAAGAGGAAAAACUUUUCGCCAUUCGGCGAAACUUUUGGCAAUAAAAAAACUAAAAAUUUGGGAAUUAAUUGGAAACAACUAAUUGCCACAAGAAUUUGUCUAGAAUGUCAAAAUUUAACGCCAGCUCUGGGAACAGGCAGUUGACCACACGAAGCUCUGAUGUGGAUGCACUGGCUCAGCGUGGCUAUAAUGUGGGCCAUAAAAUCGGCGAGGGAUCAUACGCAACUGUUAUCACUGCCGGAUAUGCUGAUGAUGCCGGGCACGGAGUUCACUUGGCUUGCAAGAUCAUCGAUAAGGCCAAAGCGCCGACCGAUUUUGUCAAUAAGUUUUUCCCGCGCGAACUAGAGAUCCUCACCAAGAUCGACCAUCCCAACAUUAUACAGAUCCACAGCAUUCUCCAGCGCGGUCCCAAGAUAUUCAUCUUUAUGCGCUACGCGGAGAACGGAGAUCUGCUGUCGCACAUCAAGAAAACGGGUCCCAUCGACGAGAAACAGUCGAAGAUCUGGUUUUUGCAGAUGGCCAAGGCCCUGAAGUAUCUGCAUACCCAUGACAUAGCCCAUCGGGACCUUAAGUGCGAGAAUAUCCUGCUCUCCAAGCGGCUCAAUAUUAAACUGGCCGAUUUUGGAUUCGCUCGCUAUUGCCGGGAUGAUAGCGGUCGGGAGAUGAAGUCUGAGACCUAUUGUGGAUCUGCUGCCUAUGCUGCACCGGAGGUUGUUUGCGGACGACCAUAUGACCCAAAGCUGGCUGAUGCAUGGUCCCUUGGCGUCAUCCUCUUCAUUAUGAUGAACGCCAAGAUGCCCUUCGACGACAGCAAUCUGACCAAGUUGCUGGAGGAUCAGCGAAACAGGAAGUUCGCCUUUCGUAGGAAGCUGCAGGACUUGAUUACGGCCCAGGCCAAGGCGACAGUCUCUGUUCUUCUCGAGCCAGAGUCGCAUGCCCGCUGGAAUCUUCGGGAGAUUCUCAACUGUGCCUGGCUGCGAAAUAGCGAAGAACCACAGCCCGCUACCUCUUAAUAAGAAAAAUCGAAAAACAUGGUUGGAUUGGAUAGUAUUGUUUGGUCAUUAAGUCUCAAGCGAAGAGAGGACUCGCCACGUGCGUUGAUUUCACAGUUCGGUGUAAAUUAAAGGUAUCACAGAAACUUCCAGGUAUUUGUCAGAUGGAGAACUUCUCUACCAUCUGAUUAAAUUGUCUCCUAAUAAAAUAUUGGGAUUCGUGUAUAUACAUAUAUAGCUAAAAUCAGUAAAAGGGAUUACAACUUUUGGUAUAACAAAA